AUGACCGACAAUAAAAAGGUGAAAGGAAACAAAGUAAGAAGACUUUCAACGGAAUUAUUUGAAUUGGGAAGAAACACUGUUCAUUCUUUCAUUAUGGAUGUUGAUGACGUGAUAAUUAGACAGCAUUUUAUUAAGACAGAGUUAGAUGAAAUUGAUGACGUCUCCAGUCUACAGAUACCCAAGCUUUCAGACGAGAUUGAUGAUAUUUAA